UUCAGCCAAGACCCUAACCUGAUUUUGUUUUUUUUUGGGUUCGGGUUGUUAGUGAGGUUUCCAGAGAAUCCAUGGGCUCGGAGGCAGUUCCUUCGGAAUCUAGAACUACAAGGUACAAAUGUUUGGCCUGCUUCAGGCAAUAUAAGAAGAAGGAGCAUCUAGUUGAGCACAUGAGGGUAUCAUAUCAUUCUGUGCAUCAGCCAAAAUGUGGGGUCUGCCAGAAGCAGUUCAAAUCUUUCCAGUCACUAAGGGAACACCUUACUGGUAAUUUGCCCAAGAAAAAUUGUUUGAAGAUAUUCUCUGAGCAAGGUUGCAACUACUGUUUGAAAAUCUUCAAGAAUGCUGAUUCUCUCAGUGAGCAUAAAGAAAUGUGUCAAUUACCUGUGCCUGUUACAAUAGAAAAAAUCAGGAUGCCAUCUACAGAAUCUCAAAUUGAUUUUUCAGAUUCUAUUAAUAGAGACUACACUAGCAGAUGUCUUGAAGCAAUUGCCAUUGACUGUGAAAAGGUUGGUGGCGGAAGUGAUGGAUCGCUUGACCUUUGUGCUAGGGUAUGCCUCAUAGAUGAAGAUGAGAAUAUAAUUUUUCACACUUAUGUGCAGCCACAAAUUCCUGUCACCAAUUACAGAUAUGAGUUAACUGGGAUUACUGAAGCACAUCUGAGAGAUGCCAUGCCGCUAAAGGAUGUGCGGGAAAAAGUUAUGGAAGUUUUACGAAAUGGAGAAUCCAUUGGGCGACUGCGUUUGGAUGGUGGGAAGGGCAGACUUCUUGUGGGUCAUGACCUACGCCAUGACCUGGAUUGCUUGAGAAUGCACUAUCCUGAUCACUUGCUGAGGGAUACUGCAAAAUACCUCCCCUUGAUGAAAACAAAUUUAGUCAGCUUCUCCCUGAAGUCGCUCACUCAAAAAUAUCUUGGGUACGAUAUCCAGUCAGGGAUGCAUGAUCCAUAUGAAGAUUGUGUAUCUGUAAUGAGGCUGUACAAGAGAAUGCGAUCUCAAGAUCACUCAGACGAAGGAAUUGGAACAGCCAUUGUUAAUCACCAUACCCAAAGUUUUGGCAGUGGUUUUGAUUCCUGGAAACUUAGGGAGCUCAAGAAUAUGACCCCAGAUGAGCUUUAUAAGCUCUCAAGACCAAACUACAGGUGUUGGUGUUUGGACUCAAGACAAGCAUUACAGGCUGAGAGUAAUGAUCUUUGGCCACAAUAGAACUGAUACAGGGGGGUUCGAUGAGAACAUGACAGGAAAAGAAGCGAAUAUCUCCGGUGAGUCUACGGCAUUGUAGAUUCUUGUAACAUGAAAUGAAUGUGCUACAAUGUCGAAGAUAUUUCGUCGAAUAUGAGAUCAUUAUGAGAACAUUUCCUGAUAUAGCAAACUCAAUAUUGAUAGGGCUUCUUCAAUACCCAACCCUGUUUUCCUAUGCAAACAUUAAACAGA